UGCCGCGAAAAUUAGGAAGCGCAUAACAGUGCUAGGGGAAGCUGGUUUAAACCCUAGAGAUAUUGGUUCCUCCAUUGCAUGCUGCCACCGCUUCCUCCGCCCGGGAUUACCGUCGUUCAUCGACGUUUCGUCUUCACUUCAGAGAGUAUCAGCAAAAGAGAUAAUUAAAGUUGCGAUUUAAGGAGAUGGCGGAAGAGCAGGAGAAAACAGAAGCUGAACUCAAGCAAAAUCCUAAAAGACGCAAGAAGCAUGCUUUUCCCUAUGGCAAUUACCGAAGUUACUAUGGCUACCGGUUAGGUCAAAAAUUUGUUGAAGAUCCGCGUCUAAAGGUUUUCAAGAAAGAAUGGUUUGAAGGCAAGGAUUGCCUGGAUAUUGGUUGCAAUAGUGGGAUGGUUACCAUUCAGAUAGCUAGAAAGUUUAAUUGCCGGAGGAUUCUUGGCGUUGAUAUUGAUCCCGAUCGAGUUGACGAUGCUUACCGGAAUCUAAGAAGGGCAAGAAUAAAUGUUGGGAAGCCGGAUAAUGGUUUGGAGCUUGGUGCUUCUGGAGCUUCGAAGAUAGAUACAGAAGCUUCUACAAGUAUUUCUUCUUCCAAAGAGCAUGAUCUUCAUACCGAUGUUUCCUUCCAACAGCAGAAUUUUAUAUUUAGUCAAUAUCCACCUGAGAAGCACUAUGAUACAAUUCUUUGUUUGAGUGUAGCAAAGUGGAUUCAUCAAAACUGGGGAGAUGUUGGUUGGAGACUGCUUCCUCCGGGUGGCCGGCAGGGUGGCAUUCUUGUUUUGGAGCCUCAACCUUGGAAGUCUUAUGAAGCCAACUAUAGUGUUUCCGAGGCUCCUCUUGUCCCAAGAUUUCACAGAUCAAGCAAAUGCAAAUGGGAAAGCAAGUUUUAUAUGAAACAUGCAUCCUAGUAAAAACGGUACAUCGAAACCAAUCAUAAAGCAAUGAACUUGCAAACAGGGUUUCUCUCAAAGAAGAAAAAAAUAGCAUUUUUGGUACACAACUGAGUGUGAGUGUGAUACUGUUAUUGCUGGCCGUAGUGCUUGUGUUUGUGUUUGAAUGGCCGUCUAUAACAUUCUGGUGGCAGUACCCCGUUGGAUCGUCUCCGUGUAGGGUGUAAGCAGUAAUCAUAUAUCAUGUAUUUCUCGCGGAUUUCCCUAAGCUUGGUCGACUGAGAAGCACUUAGCUGUGCAUGAACUGGAGAAGUCCACCAGCGCGAUAGCGUUAUUGCUGGUAGUAGUGCUUGUGUUUGUGUUCGCAUUCUGGUGGCAGUACCCCGUUGGGUCUACGUGUAGGGUCUAAGCAGUAAUCAUAUAUCAUGUAUUUCUCGCGGAUUUCCCUAAGCUUGGUCGACUGAGAAGCACUUAGCUGUGCAUGAACUGGAGAAGUCCACCAGCGCGAUAGCGUUAUUGCUGGUAGUAGUGCUUGUGUUUGUGUUAGCAUUCUGGUGGCAGUACCCCGUUGGGUCUACGUGUAGGGUCUAAGCAGUAAUCAUAUAUCAUGUAUUUCUCGCGGAUUUCCCUAAGCUUGGUCGACUGAGAAGCACUUAGCUGUGCAUGAACUGGAGAAGUCCACCAGCGCGAUAGCGUUAUUGCUGGUAGUAGUGCUUGUGUUUGUGUUCGCAUUCUGGUGGCAGUACCCCGUUGGGUCUACGUGUAGGGUCUAAGCAGUAAUCAUAUAUCAUGUAUUUCUCGCGGAUUUCCCUAAGCUUGGUCGACUGAGAAGCACUUAGCUGUGCAUGAACUGGAGAAGUCCACCAGCGCGAUAGCGUUAUUGCUGGUAGUAGUGCUUGUGUUUGUGUUCGCAUUCUGGUGGCAGUACCCCGUUGGGUCUACGUGUAGGGUCUAAGCAGUAAUCAUAUAUCAUGUAUUUCUCGCGGAUUUCCCUAAGCUUGGUCGACUGAGAAGCACUUAGCUGUGCAUGAACUGGAGAAGUCCACCAGCGCGAUAGCGUUAUUGCUGGUAGUAGUGCUUGUGUUUGUGUUCGCAUUCUGGUGGCAGUACCCCGUUGGGUCUACGUGUAGGGUCUAAGCAGUAAUCAUAUAUCAUGUAUUUCUCGCGGAUUUCCCUAAGCUUGGUCGACUGAGAAGCACUUAGCUGUGCAUGAACUGGAGAAGUCCACCAGCGCGAUAGCGUUAUUGCUGGUAGUAGUGCUUGUGUUUGUGUUAGCAUUCUGGUGGCAGUACCCCGUUGGGUCUACGUGUAGGGUCUAAGCAGUAAUCAUAGAUCAUGUAUUUCUCGCGGAUUUCCCUAAGCUUGGUCGACUGAGAAGCACUUAGCUGUGCAUGAAUUGGAGAAGUCCACCAGUUUGUUGGGGAGUUGGAGGCACAUUGGCUAAUGCUGAGCGCUCCAUUCCAGGGACAAGCUCUUGGCCUAAAGCGGCGAAAGCUAGCCGUGAACGGUGCGCUGGCCCAGUUGGUUUUCACACGCCCUCCUUGAGUUGCCCAAUCCUGUGCAUUCCACAAACUGGUAUAUAACCUCAUACCUUGCUUGUUAGGGAAGGCUGUUUUUAGCUUCGGGGCGUUCUCGUAGUUCCGGAAAAUUCUAAUUGGAAUACCAUCAAUAUACCACCUGAAAUCAUCCAGAUCACGUCAUGUUCUUAUUGGGAUCAAUUUUCACCAUAUGCUUUUAAGUUGAUCAAAUUUUCACUUACACAACAGCAUUAGGAUUCCAGUGAAUUGUGUAGUUGUGGAAAUCAGCAGUGGGGUCGAACCACGGUCGAAACUGCUGUUCUCUGUCUCCCACACCCUGAACGAAUAUGUUUGUGUGAAUGGUAUAAGGCUCUCCGGUGGCAUUCCCCAAGAACUCAAAGUCUACCUCAUCAUGAUGGCUACCUUCAGAAGAUAGCUGCAAAAAUUUUAAGAUGAAGAAUUAGCACCAGAAAAACUCUGUGUAAUCUAUGUAGAUUGCUCAGGUAUUUUUUCAGCGUUGAACCAUACAUAAAAUGCCGUUACUAAUCCUGCAGAAUCUCCUGGAACGAACUUGAUCUGAGCUUCAAAGCUUCCGAAAAUGAAAUAUCUCUUUGACUUUGCUCCCGAGCCUGCAACGACAGAAUCAUUCUUGGCGGUCAAAGGUAAGUACUAGAUGAAUUUGUUCAUUUUGCACAUUCACAGUUCUGAGAAACAUGGAGAUAUGGUCAAGAAA